AUGUCGACUUUCGUGCGCUCUCCAGAUACAGAGCAGGGCUCUCGACCUAUCUACAAGGUCUACAAGCGACGCUUCUGGGGUCUGGCACAGCUGGUAUUGCUGAAUAUCGUCGUUAGUUGGGAUUGGUUGACCUUCUCGUCCAUCUCGACAACGGCCGCGGAGUAUUUCGAUGUCUCGGAGAGCGCUAUUAACUGGAUGAGCACUGCCUACCUCUUCGCGUUCUGUGCUGUGAGCCCCAUCGUUAUCUGGAUCCUGAACAAAGGCGGCCCCAAACCAGCUAUAAUCACCACCGCCACACUUCUACUAGUCGGCAACUGGCUUAGAUAUGCCGGUACCAGAGCCAACGGCGGCAUCUUCGGGCUCGCGAUGUUCGGCCAGAUCCUAAUAGGCUUCGCGCAGCCCUUCUGCCUCUGCGCACCAACCCGAUACAGCGAGCUCUGGUUCUCAGAUAAAGGCCGCACGAGCGCAACAGCAGUCGCCAGUCUGGCGAACCCACUCGGCGCAGCCCUGGGCCAGUUAAUCGACUCGGAGUGGGCGUCGAAACCCUCUGAUAUUCCGAAUAUGGUUUUGUACAUCUCGAUCAUCGUACGUGAAGCCCACCCACCCCCCCCAAAAGCUAAUCCACCCAUUGGUACUUUCUCUCUUUCUUGCUCACACCAUGUAAACAAACAGUCCACUGUCGCAGCAAUCCCAUCAUUCUUCCUCCCAGCAUCACCACCAACACCCGCAAGCGCAUCCUCCGCAAAGCCGCCCACGCCACUGGGCGCCGCAGUGCGCAAACUAACCAGCACAUGGGAAUUCUGGCAGAUCUUCAUCCCAUUCUCUGUAUACGUGGGCUUCUUCAACAGCGUCUCCUCUUUGCUAAACCAAAUCCUCAGUCCGCACGGGUUCUCCGAGACAGAAGCCGGCAUUGCAGGCGCCAUCCUGAUCGUGGUGGGACUCGUCACGUCAGCAAUCAUGUCACCGAUAACAGACCGAUACAAGCACUACCUGGGCAGCAUCCGGGUGCUAGUGCCCGUGGUAGCAGUCACGUACAUCGGACUUAUUUUCGCGCCGGGCAGUGCGGCAGGAAUCCCGCCUUCGUAUGUGGUCAUGGCGCUACUGGGCGCGGCGUCUUUCGCGAUGCUGCCGAUUGUGCUAGAGUACCUGGCUGAGAUUACUUAUCCGGUCUCGUCCGAGAUUGGGAGUACCAUCUGCUGGACGGGUGGACAGUUGCUUGGUGCGUGUUUUAUUCUAAUUCAGGAUGCGUUGAAGGCUGGGGCUGGGGGUGCGCCGCCGUAUAAUAUGCGGAAUGCGUUGGUGUUUGCCGCUGUGGUUGCUGUUGUGGCUGCCCCGUUUCCGUUGACGAUUGGGCUGUUUGGGAGAGAUGUUCAUCGUCGUAGGUGGGAGGUUGAUCGUGGUGUUGAGUUGCAGCAGGUUGGGGAGCUGGCUGGGACGGUUGAGAAUGAUAAUGCUAAGAGGGUUAGGUCUGAUGAGUCUGCUGCGGAUACUGAUACUCUGAUCAAGACUUGA